CUUCUCCUUGUCAGUAAAGAGAAUGAGGGCAUCAGAGGAAGGAGGUGACCAAGGUACCCCCUGAUGGCAGUGUCUGGGGAGCCCGGUGUCAGGGAUGCCUCUGAGUUCCUGUUCCACCCGGGGCAGGGGGGAGCAAGGGUUAGCUUAGAGCUGUCUUUCCAGGGCAGGUGGUCCUAGCCGAGGUGAGAAUAAGGAGCAGGAACCGUAGGGAGGAGUUGAGUACACUUGAUAUAGAGAUGAGAAAACUGGGAUUCGGAGAGCUGCAGGAACCACGUAGGCCCAAAAUGUGAGAAGGAACGGAGGCCAGAUCCCACCCAGGUUCAACUCUCAAGUCUAUGGGAGCCUCCAGCCCAUGGGGUCUUUAAGGACCAGAGGACUGAGCCAAAAGCAUCCAGGCUAGGGCCCUAGGGUUCUGGGCCCUCACUCGCCUUGUUCUGCCCUGGACCCCAGUCUAGGUGUGGUCAGCAGAGUGGUGGCCCCCAAAAGUGUCCCUGCCCUCGUUCUCAGCCUGUGGAUGUGGGCUUUCACGUGGCUAGCAGACUCAGCAAAUGUGGUUAAAUUACGGUUGCUGAGCCGAAGAGAUGGCCCCCAGCCUGUCUAGGUGGCUUUGUGUGGUCACAGAAUCUGUGAUGGGUGGGCCAAGUCAGAGAAAGAGGUGUAAUCAGGGAGCUGAGAUCUAGAGUCCUGCCUUGCUGUCCUUGAGGACAAGGAAGGACCUGGAGCAAAGGACACAGGUGCUUAGAAGUCCCACAAGGUGGAACAUACAGCCUGGAGCCUCCCCAGGAGGCACGUGCUAUGCUGGGAUUUAGCCCAGUCUGCAUCCAUAACGGCGUGAUCGCUGUCUUCCAGCGCAAGGGGCUGCCCGACCAGGAGCUCUUCAUCCUCAACGAGGGUGUCCGGCAGCUGCUGAAGACGGAGCUGGGGUCCUUCUUCACUGAGUACCUGCAGAACCAGCUGCUUACAAAGGGCAUGGUGAUCCUUCGUGACAAGAUACGCUUCUACGAGGGACAGAAGCUGCUAGACUCGCUGGCGGAGACCUGGGAUUUCUUCUUCAGUGACGUGCUACCCACGCUGCAGGCCAUCUUCUACCCCGUGCAGGGCAAGGAGCCGUCGGUGCGCCAGCUGGCCCUGCUGCACUUCCGGAACACCAUCACACUUAGCGUGAAGCUGGAGGACGCACUGGCCCGCUCCCACGCUCGUGUCCCCCCGGCCAUCGCACAGAUGCUGCUGGUGCUGCAGGGAGUCCAUGAGUCCAGGGGUGUGACCGAGGACUACCUGCGCCUGGAGACACUGAUCCAGAAGGUGGUGUCACCGUACCUGGGCACCUAUGGCCUCUACUCCAGCGAAGGGUCCUGCACCCAUUCCUGCAUUCUUGAGAAACGGCUUCUGCGCCGCUCCCGCUCUGGGGACGUCCUAGCCAAGAACCCGGUGGUGCGAUCCAAAAGCUACAACACACCCCUGCUCAACCCCGUGGCUGAGCACGAAGCGGAGGGCACAGCGGCCGGUGGUACAAGCAUCCGCAGGCACUCAGUCUCCGAGAUGACAUCUUGUCCUGAGCCCCAGGGCUUUGUGGACACACCUGGUCAGGGCCCCUCGGGGACCUUCAGGUCCUCUCCAACACCCCACUCAGGGCCUUGCCCCAGCAGACUGUACCCCCCUGCCCAUUCUCCCGAGCAGGGCCCAGCCCACGGCUCCCCACCCACCUCCAGCCCCGAGACCCUGGUGGACCAGAUCCUGGAGUCCGUGGACUCAGACUCCGAAGGAAUAUUCAUUGACUUUGGGCGGGGUGGUCGCUCCAGUGUGUCUGACUUUGAUGCAGCCGGAAGCCGACCGAGUGUGGUGUGAUGACCUGAGGUUAGUUCCUGUUUUUACUGGCCCGUGUAUGUGUGUGUGUGUGCGCGUGUCUGUAUAGGUGUGCGUGAGAGACUUGUUACUCUUUCCGAAUCUCGCCAGCCCCCUUGUCACACUGCCUUGGUCACUUUAUACUCCCAGUCUGUUGGAAAACCUCUCCACUUCCCAUACUCACCCCAGGUCUGAUUGGAACGUCCCGUUGGCACCACCCAGAUAGAUACUCAGCCACCUCGAGGAUGUGGUCACCAUGUGCCCUCCUUCCUGCCCCACCCUUGGUGCCCACACCUACCCAGGAAAAUGUGAAGCCAGUGGGUUCUGCCUAGGCCAGCCCAGCUUGGCCCCCACAGUGACGGGACUCACGCCACAGCCAGAUCUGCCUCCCUCUGCCCUGGGUGGCCACGAAACAGGAAGGCAUGAAAUAAAGUUACAGCUCCAG